AUGGAGGUGAUAUCAACCUGCAACUUCCACAGUUCCCUUGGAGAUCACCUUGUCCACAACAGUACCAAGAAGGAGCUGCAGAAGGUUUUUAUGACAUCAUUGCCCUCGGAUUCCGUUGGUCAAAACUCUGUCAUAUUGUUUCACCUAAUGAAAGUCAUCUUAGAACUGGAUUCCUUUCUCUUAGCCUCCGGUUCACAGGGCUGGCGUCUCUUACUCGCCAGUGCCCUCGUAGACCGGCAGACGGGCUCAGCACAAUCUUCGUGCGGUUUUAUACCAUUCUGCGAACAUAGUCUUAGUCUGUCCAUCGCAGCCACUCAGUUUCUGAUCAUAAUGCCUUUCCCGCGGCAUACAAGAAUCGUCGCCCUUCUCGUGUUGCGUCGCUUUUGUGGGGCUGUUUGUAUAGGUUUUAUUAACUUCUUAACCUAUUUUCUGGCUGCUGGUGCCAUUAGUCUGGGAACUGGUUUCUUAGUUUUCUCAUCUGCUUUGUGGUUCCUGAUUUGCAAACGAAGGGAAUUAUUUCGAAGUCCCAACAUUAAAUCAAUUGAUGAAAAGCUGGAACAAAGACUAUACAAACAGGAAGCUAAACCUCAGUCUGUUUUCAUUUCCCGAAACUUUCACACUGGCCAACCUCAACCACAGGUGGAACACAGAGAAAGGGAAGCAGCACAAAUGAAAGGUACUUUUCUCUUCAAUAAGUUGUUAGAAGGAUUUGAGAUCAGGAGAGCUGACCCCACCCCACCCCGUCUGCCGUGUGGUGACAAGGGUGAGGGAGAGAUGCCCUCUCCACCCACCCACCCACUGCCACCCGCGGCAGCAGUCAACUCUAAAGAUGAACUCUGCCUUCCGGACCCUGUGGACGGAGAGUCCCCUGACAUGCUCUCAGUAGAAAAGGGCAGCAGUGUGACAGUGUCGGUCCCUAGCUCUCACUUCAGCUGGAGCAUGGAAGCAGCUAAUGAGUGGUUCUCGAAUGACUCUCUAGAAGUCAAGACUCCCCCAGAGCCUUUACUUGGGGAACCUCUAGCAGAAAAGGUGUUAGCAUACCUGUCAAGCGUCUCAUUAGAAGAACGGCCUAGAAACACAACGAAUGUGACAUUUUGUGGCAUUCAAAAAGAUGAAAACACUGAGGAAAUGUUUUCACAGAGAAACACAGAGGCUGGCAUACACAACCUUCCAUGUGAUACUGAAUAA